AUGAGCUAAAAAAAAAAAAACAAAAAUAGAAAACCAAUCGAAUGAUAAAUAAACAAAUCGAUGAUUAAAAUAAAAUAGAAAAAAAUACAAUGUCUCUUUAAAAAAAAUUUUAAACAGAAUUAAAAAAAGCUAAAUGAGAGCUCUGCAAGAAGAAGAAGAAGAAAGUGCCAAAGAAUCCAAUAAGAAGAGUGAUAUCAAAAAAAAGAAAAUAGUGCAAGAAAACGUAGAAGAGCAGGAAAUGAAGAAAUUGUGAUAUAUUUUUCUUCAAUUUUUUUUUAAAUUUAUUUUAUUGCUCUUGCUCGAGAUUCAAAUGUGUUCUGUUUAUGGAUAGAAUUUUUGAUUUAAUAAAAGUUGCGAGGUUUUCUCGCUAUAAAAAAUAAUGGAUACAUUAACUUGGAGUAACCCUUUUUGGCAGGGACACAAAUUAUGCUGCAAAAUUAAGAGGCGCCUAUAAAAAUAUUGACUUUUAAAGGACUAUCAUCGAUUUCUUCCGAAAUUAAUCGCAAUUGAUUGCCAACUUCAUUAACUUAUAAAAAUUCACAACUCCCCAAAUACACAAAAAAUAUAUAAAAUUUAAUUUUAUCACCCUCUCAUAGUGAAGUGUGCCAAAUUUUUUAAGAAAAAAAAAAAAUAUUAAAUAAAAUAUAUUUGCCCUCACAUUCAUUGUGUUUAAUUUGUAAAAAAAAAAAGUUUAAAUAUUCGCAUAAAAUAAAAUACAAAAAUACAAAAAAAGAAAAAUACAAAAAACCGCGAAUCGCUAAAAAGUUAUGAUCAAUUAUUCGUCGUGUUUAAUUAAAAGCUGAUAAAAAUGAAUCUAAAUCAACACAGUGGACCUGGUCCGCCAACAUCAUCAUCACAAUCAUCAUCAUCAUCAUUAUUGGUUGCCCCCGGUGGUGUUACCAUGAUGGCUAGUUGCAAUGGUGGUGGUCCACCACCACCAGUUGCACGAGCCAUAUCUUCAGAUCGUUUAGUUACCGGACCAUCAUGUCGAGCAUUAAAAACUGCGGUUUCAGCAUUAUAUUCAGUGGAUGAUUUUGUUAAGGAAAAAAUUGGAUCGGGCUUCUUUUCAGAAGUUUAUAAGGUCACACAUCGAACGACUGGAGAAGUUAUGGUACUAAAAAUGAAUCAAUUACGUGCAAAUCGACCAAAUAUGCUGAGAGAAGUGCAACUUCUUAAUAGAUUAUCACAUCCAAACAUUUUAAGCUUUAUGGGUGUUUGCGUUCAAGAGGGACAACUCCAUGCACUGACCGAGUACAUUAAUGGUGGUUCCUUGGAGCAAUUAUUAGCUAAUAAGAAUGAAGUAUUAAGUCCUUCCCUUAAAAUAAGACUGGCGCUUGGAAUUGCCAAAGGCAUGCAGUAUUUGCAUGAGGCUGGUAUUUUUCACAGAGAUCUAACUAGUAAGAACGUUCUAAUAAGAAAACUACCUGAUGGUCUUCUUGAUGCUGUUGUUGGUGAUUUUGGUCUAGCAGCGAAAAUUCCUGACAAAGGUGUUAAAACCCGCCUUGAUACAGUCGGUUCACCAUAUUGGGUAAGUCCAGAGUGCCUAAAAGGUCAAUGGUACGACCAGACCAGCGAUGUUUUCUCCUUUGGCAUCAUUUUGUGCGAAACAAUCGCUCGAAUUGAAGCCGAUCCGGAUGUGAUGCCACGCACCGAUUCCUUUGGUCUGGACUAUUUGGCUUUUGUUGAAUUGUGUCCGAUGGACACACCACCUGUGUUUUUAAGACUGGCAUUUUAUUGUUGUAUAUAUGACCCAAAAAGUCGUCCGACUUUUAAUGACAUCGUUAAGAAACUUAACAUCAUGUGGGAGAAUUUCUGUGAGGAUGUGAGUCCGUUGAGCUCACUCGAACUGACCUGCAGUCCCAGUGGCAGUGACUCAGAGAGUCAAAUAACAAUUACCAGCAACGGCAGUGGUGGCAGUUGUAGUACCUUAAUGAACGGCUGUCCAAAUGGUCUAGAUGCUAGUAGUAAUAAUGGCAAGCGCUAUUCUAUUGAUUCAAAUGGUGCAAGUGGCAUUAGUCCACAACCCACAAGUUCCAAUGAGAGUAGUAGUCAAGGUUAUGAUGAAUUCGAGACAAGAAUUCUAAAGACCAGAGUUCGACGAGCUACUAAAAAGCUUGAAGCUGAACUACAACACAGACGGUCGAUGAGCGAGAAUAUCAUCCACUUCCCACUGCAUACAACGCCAAGUGACAAAGCACGGUGUCAUCAGAUGAAUCGCCAGAAAACCGUCUGCACACCAACACCCGAAUCACCUAUUUCACUUAACCUGACGCUGCGCAAAGUGGCUGAAACGAUGUGCCUGAAAGACCCUCAGUAUAAACCCAUCCGACUGGAUCAUAAUGGUGUCAAGUCAAAUCCAUUCACAGCAUUAGCCCAGCUCAGGGGAGUCAAAAAGAUCCUCGGAGCCAAUCCAAAGGCUUACGCAGCCGGUGUUGGUGAUUUGUUUAGUUCGUGCUUUGAGAUGUCAGCGCCGUUCUUUAAAGAACUCGCAGCUCUACAAAAAGCUACCAAAUCUGCAACAGAGCCAAAGAGUCUGCCCACCUCGCCAAAUGUGACACGCAAAUUUAGCGCUAUAGAGCUUAAACUAUCGCCGUCGGCAAAGAGUAAACUUGAAGCAUUCUGUGUGCCGAAUGAUGAUCAAGUGAAUGGAGCGAGUGGAAAUUGUGCCGAUGGUGAAUCGAGCAGUGAUGGAGAGUCAACAAUGCCAAAUAAGGUGGAAAACCACCCGCUGCCGCGAAAGUAUCGGGCCAAUUCACUCUUCAAUCAUCCGCUGUUUAGGAAUAUAAAAAACGAUGAUGUCGGCGGCACAUCUGAUUCACACUCCUCCGAAGAGUACGAAGGCAGUGAGCACAAUAUCAAAGUGAAAUCAGACGAAAAGCCACCUCUUCCACCGUCGACAUUGCAAUCAGCCGACUAUGAGGCAAAGAGUCAAGAUUAUGUGACUCCGAAGACCCUAACCCGCCGUGAUUCCAUCGAGAGUGGCUUCUUUUCAUGUUUCAAUGAAGACGCUGAUGCAAUCACAUUCAAAAAUUCACAACCCUGCACAUGCAUGGAUCAAUUAAAGACACACCUUAAUCUGGAUGGUUCGUCCAGUGACAAACUGGCAAAUCUCUGCCGGUGUUGCUAUUUUCAAAACAGUCAGCUAUCCAAUCAAACGCUUAAUGACUCCUCAUCGGUGCUGAUGAUUGAUGAUGUGGCUGCUUCAUCAACUAAUGUCAGCUCCCUGCGGAGUCUGGAUGACCUAGAACUUGCCGAUGUACGGAAACGAUAUCCUUGCCAUCAUCAUCUACUGAGUAACAUGGAUGCUACCUCAAUCGACAUGGGACUUAUUAACCGACUGGCAUUGGAUUCAGAGAUAAAUUCUCUCAUCCAAAAGUCUCCAUUUGCCAAUCAAUUGCUGUAUAGCAAAAACCGCACAUCAUCGAUCUACACCGACAGCUCGGAUGACAUCAGCAGUCUGGCCGGCUCGGAUUCCCUGCUCUGGGAUGAACGGUCGUUUUCCUCGCAUCCCAAUACCCGAUCGGCACAAAUUGCCAAAAUUGUCGAGUACUUCGAGCGCAAGGGCCAGACGCUGAGCAACUUUAAAGUACCUGAUUCGUUUAAAACCUCGUCGGUGACAUCGUCAUCUGCUGCAGCUGCUGCUGCCGCUGCAAGUAGUUGCAGUAGUAGUAGUGGUGUUUCUUCCACAACAUCGUCGUCGUCCAUGGCAGCUGCAGCAGCCGUAGCAGCUGUAGCUGCAGCUAAUCUACGAUCUGACUAUUUGAGUGGAUAUGAUUCAAGACAUUUCCGCAGUCGUUAUGGUCAAGGUGACUAUGAAGCAUUCUGCUUUGACUUGGACAAAAAACCCACACAACAACGUCUGAUGGUGUGCGAAGGUGCUGUCAAAUCAAAAUUACAAAUAUUCGACAAGCCAAAGCAACAACAACCACAUGGCAUGCAAAAAGAAUGAGAGUCGAUUCUGGAGGAGUAAAAA